UUAAUAAAGUAAGUUGCUAUAUUUAAACUACAGCAAAUGGUCAUAUUCCAUCAACAUUAAGUCAUCACCACUCCACCUACAUGAGACUUUGCACCUGCAUGAGAUACACACAGUUGGUGUACUUCAGUAGAAGAAGUAAUUCUUAAUGGAACUGUACACAAUUUAAGCCCUGUGGAUGUUCGUGAGUAACCAUGGCAUUAUAUUUGGAAAGAGACAUUGCUGUUGAGUUCUUCAAAAGCGCAUUGAGUGCCACAAAAGUAUGGUUCCAUUGAGGUCCGAUGUGCACUGCAGCUCACUCUGAUACAUCAAGUAAACGUGUCAAAUCUCAGCGAAUCUACGGAUAUAUGGUACUCUGGGUAAGUGGAGACAAACUUUAAUUUCAUUUUUUGGUGGACCGUCCCUUUAAGCUCUGAGAGGCUGAAGUGUUUUGAAAUAGUGAAAAUAACCGUGAUUUGUUACUACCUGUGCUGCGUGCACGUGGUACUCUGUAGUUUGCACUUUACUCUGUUCUUUGGCAUCUACGAAUGUCACAGAUAACAAUACACAAAAACAAAUAGGAACUACCUCUGAAAGAAAAAGCAGGCGAAGGAGAGGGAGAGAGUCGUAGUCUAUCUGCCUGUUCAAGGCCACGUUGCAGAUUCCUGACUGAAUCUAAACACUGCUUCUAUUGCUGCUUUGCUCUCGUUUGAGAUUAGGAGUUGCUAUGCGUUACGAGCUCUGCUUACUUGACAAGAGAUGACAAAAUUGCGAGCGGCUCUUUUUUGUACAACAUACAGCAAGUGUUAGAUCACUAAGCUCAGGGUUACACUGAGGUAGUGAGGGAACUAGGUUAUCCCUUACAGCUCACUUUCAGGACAGUGGAAUAUGUGCUGGAGGAUUGGUGUUUCUUGGUCGCUAAUGGGUCACAGUGAAGCAGGAGGACAGCGGGCGCCUGGUCGGAUGCUACCCUAAGCUGAUGGACGGGCAGGCGGACGCGGGCACGCAGACGGACCCGGUGGUGGUGCUGUCCCUGGCCCAGGCCGCCGUGCUGGGCCUCAUCUCCCAGAACGAGGUGUUCGGCGCCACCAUCGCCCCCAACGGCUUCUACACGGGCGAGGCGCGGGACGGCCUGCCCGCCGCGGGGGAAGACGUCAAGUACGAGUACGCCAGCCAGCUGAUCGGCGCCAACGGCGACUACCUGGGCGAGGCCUUGGAGGAGGACGAGGAGGAGGAGGGGGAGGAAGAGGAGGGCGGGCCUGGCGUAGAGCGGAGGCGGGCCCGGAGGGCCAGGAGCGAGGGGGAGGCCAGGGAGCCGGCGGAGAGGGCCGCCCAGGCCGAGGAGCGCGGGAGAGGGGGGGAGGAGGGGAAGCCGUACGGCCGGGGGCCUUGCGCCCACCUCCACGGGGGCCCGGCCCCGGGGGAGGGGCCCUACAGCGUGGCCCUCAAGCAGGAGCAGCCCCCCCACGGCUGCCCCGACUGCGAGCGGGAGGCCCGCGCCCAGGAUGGGCGGGGCCAGGGGGCGGAGGGGCAGGAGGGGGAGGGGCCUGAGGAGGCGGGCAGCCCGCUCAAGCCCGGGGAGGGCGGGGACAGCCCCGAGAUGAGCCGCUAUUUCUCGCCCGGCGAGGCGGGCUACGAGUCCGGCGACGCGGCCGGGCCGGUGGACUACGAAGACGGGGGCGGGGCCGGCCUGCUGUGGGCGGAGCCGGGGGACGGCGGGGGCGGGCUCGGGGGCGGGCUCGGCGGCGGGGAUGGCCAGCCGGGCCGGCGCACGCAGAUCGACCGGCUGGACAUCAACGUGCAGAUCGACGAGUCGUACUGCGUGGACGUGGGGGAGGGGCUCCGGCGCUGGAAGUGCCGCAUGUGCGAGAAGUCCUACACCUCCAAGUACAACCUGGUCACCCACAUCCUGGGCCACAACGGCAUCAAGCCGCACGAGUGCCCGCGCUGCGGCAAGCUCUUCAAGCAGCCCAGCCACCUGCAGACCCACCUGCUCACCCACCAGGGCACGCGCCCGCACAAGUGCGCCGUCUGCAAGAAGGCCUUCACCCAGACCAGCCACCUGAAGCGCCACAUGCUCCAGCACACCGACGUCAAGCCCUACAGCUGCCGCUUCUGCCGCCGCGGCUUCGCCUACCCCAGCGAGCUGCGGGCGCACGAGACCAAGCACGAGAGCGGGCGCUGCCACGUGUGCCCGCAGUGCGGCAUGGAGCUGCCCAGCCUGGCGCACCUCAAGAGGCACCAGACCACGCACCAGGGCCCCGCCGCCUACCAGUGCCCCGAGUGCGGCAAGGCCUUCGCCUACCGCAGCCAGCUGCAGAACCACCUGAUGAAGCACCAGAACGUGCGGCCCUACGUCUGCUCGGCCUGCGGCAUGGAGUUCGUCCAGAUCCACCACCUCAAGCAGCACGCGCUCACUCACAAGGUACUGACCCGGCAGGCCCCGCACCUCCAGGGGAUGAAAGAGUUCAAGUGUGACGUGUGCUCGCGGGAGUUCACCCUGUCGGCCAACCUGAAGAGGCACAUGCUGAUCCACACCAGCGUGCGGCCCUACCAGUGCCACGUCUGCUUCAAGACCUUCGUCCAGAAGCAGACGCUCAAGACCCACAUGAUCGUGCACCUGCCCGUCAAGCCCUUCAAGUGCAAGGUAUGUGGGAAGUCCUUCAACCGGAUGUACAACCUCCUGGGGCACAUGCACCUGCACGCGGGCAGCAAGCCCUUCAAGUGCCCCUACUGCUCCAGCAAGUUCAACCUGAAGGGCAACCUGAGCCGCCACAUGAAGGUCAAACACGGCAUCGCCGACGUCUCCCUGGAGGGCCACGAAACCGUGCCUGUCGUAGAGGGACAGGGGGACUAUGAAGAGGAGAACUUUGGCUUCGCCGGCCGAGAGAACCUCAGCACCAACGCGCAGGACACGCCCAAACUGUCAGAGCAGCGGGCCUUGAGGGACAUGGGCUAUUACAGCUACAGGAAGGAGACAGAGCGCCACAGCAUAGCAUGAAUUACAGCAUGAAACACACACACACACAUACGCACGCAUGCACACACACAUACACACGCAUGCACACAUACAUACACACGCAUGCACACAUACAUACACACGUAUGCACACACACAUACGCACGCAUGCACACAUACAUACACACGUAUGCCACCACACACAUACAUACGCACGCAUGCACACAUACAUACACACGCAUGCACACACACAUACACACGUAUGCACACACACAUACACACGUAUGCACACAUACAUACACAUGCACACAUACAUACACACGUAUGCACACACAUAUACACAUACACACGCAUGCACACAUACAUACACACGUUCACAUAUGCACAUACGCGCACACACACACGCAUGCUGCAGGCACUGGGAAGCAUUCAGAAAUAUCCUCGGAUCCAGGUCUAAACUGGACUGAAAGAAAAGGAUCAGGAAAGGGUCUUUAUUGGUUUAGGCUGAAGGAAGGGUUUCUGCUUCUCUAACGAAUAUAUACUGCAGCCUCACAGAUUGGUGCAGUUGCUGGAGAUAGUUUGAGGGAUGGGGAUUGGUUGUUCUGGUAACGAGUUAGCCUACAGCUGUCGAACCACUAGAGGAAAACAUUUGUAGUGUAGCAAACUGAGCCGUGUUGGAGCAAAUCCCCAAAAGAUUUUUGCUGUUUAGACCCAUUGCAGACACUUG